UAAUCCCGCCACUGAUGAACACCUCCGUGUACGAAACUGCUGAAUUCAAAGUAUUCCUCAGCAAUAGGUAUGAGCAAGGAUUGUCUGUAGCCAAAAGGAUACACCAGUUUUAUUCUGUUUUUAUUCAAUACUCAUCAGAGUACUGUUUCACGGGCGUAGUUUUAUUGGCACCAUUUUACACUCUUGGGUUUGAAUUUGAGUAGUUUGAUACUUUAGCUAAUAACCUUACCACACAAGUAUCCCUGGCAAAAAGUGGAUAAACAAAGAGAAGUGUUAAAACCUAAAACCACGCGGAUUCAAUAUGUUGUGGUGCUGGCGGUAAACAACAUAACCCACUGCCUGCCUUCGGCUGACAGUCCGAUACAUUUUGGGGAAGAAUUUGUGUGUCAUCGUGUUGGACCGGGCUGCGAUACAGAUUUUUACAGGAUCACUUAACUCAAAAUCCAACAAAAUCAGGUUACUGCUUCCUGGAUAACUCCUGGUAGCAAGUGACAUCAGAAGAGGAAGUUAAGCAGUGGUGUAAGGACGCAGGCGGCUGAGGUGCAGGGGAGCAGUCAUGCAGCCAACAGUUCGGAAGCGACAGAACUCAAUUCAGCCAUCCGCUGACAUCACGAGCCAAAAUGACUCCAGUGAAAAAGACUCAUCAUUGAAGAAUUCCUCAUUUCACCUGGACCUCUGGUUCUGCUUCACUGUGCAGAACUGGGUGCUGGACUUUGGGAGACCCAUUGUCAUGAUUGCCCUCCCUCUGGAAUGGUUUCCCCUCAACAAGCCCAGUGCUGGAGACUACUUCCACAUGGCCUACAAUGUCAUCACCCCCUUUCUGCUGCUCAAGCUGAUCGAGCGAAGCCCCCGGGCGCUGUCUCGCUCGGCAGUCUACCUGUGCAUCAUCACCUUCGUCAUGGGCGCCAGCAUCCACCUGGUGGGAGAUUCCAUCAACCACCGUCUCAUCCUGAGCGGCUACCAGCUGCACCUGUCUGUCAGAGAGAACCCCAUCAUCAAGAACCUGCAGCCUGCCACGCUGAUUGACUCAUUUGAACUUUUGUACUACUAUGAUGAAAACCUCGGCCAUACAAUGUGGUAUGUUCCCUUCUUUCUCAUCUUCUUCCUUUUCUUCACCGGCUGCUUCACACACGCCCAUGAGGAGAAGCGGAUGCCCCGCUCUGCCUGGCUGCUGCUGGGGCCCAGUGCUGUCUACUACUGGUACCUUGUGACAGAGGGCCAGAUCUUCAUCCUCUUCUUUGUCACGCUGGUGGUCAUGGUAGCCACGGUGAUGCAGCAGAAGCGGAAGGGCUUUGCCCCCGACAGCAAUGGCCUCUUCCUGCUCUACAGCUUUGGCAUCACGCUGGCUCUGGUGGCUGUGUGGGUGGCCUGGCUGUGGGACGACCCCGUCCUGCGCAGAAAGUAUCCAGGGAUCAUCUAUGUACCAGAACCCUGGGCCUUUUACACCCUGCACCUCAGAGACAGGCUGUAGCCAAUCACAGACACCCUGCACUUCAGAGGAAGCCUGCAGCCAAUCACAGUUGAA